ACCCUGUAACAUCGUUUGUAGCUGUUGUAUGUCAGAUUCCUCGCGGUCCAACCGUCACAACCACGCGUCCAAUCAAACCCAAGUGUUUCAAAUGUCUACCAUCAAUAAUCCUUACCCCCCACUCCCUCAUUGAACCCCCCCAAUAACCGAGAAAAAUCAAAGUUUGUGGUGAAAAAUAACCGGCAGUUGAGUGACGCGCUCAUCACCGCACGCGUGUUUUUGCGAGAAUGUAUCAAGUGUAUGAACUUGGUGACUAGUUUUACCUCAGUGUUUAAACGUGUUUGUGCUCAACUUGGACGUGACUAAAAAAUUACGGAAUUAUCGCAGAAUGCCAACGGAGGUGAACGGGGCUCUGCCAGUGGUAGCUGGAGAUGUCCUGGCACUGAGAGGCACCGGUUUAGCUGCACCAGAAACCUGGGCUCUACUCUGUCAAGCUGCCCAGGCCCUCCAAGACCUCUUCCUCUCGAAUGGAGGUGUUGUUGGUGGAUCGCGUGCAGGACCAGUGGUAACACCUCAUACACUGGAGCUAACACCGAGAGGUAGAGUGACACUACAGCUGGCACCACCGGAAACAGCACGAGCUUAUUUACCACCCGAAUACAGGCCUGGUCGCAUGUACUCGGAUACAGACUCGGAGAAGAUGUGGAUGUACUCAUUAGGCCGAGCACUGGUCGACACAACACCGAGAGUAGCUGCCCUCACAGGAUCAGUAUCUGUAUCACCAACAUCAGCCCUGCAGUCUGUGUUGGCUGCCAUGACUGAGCCAGAUCCUCGUCGAAGGGCUUCCCUCAUGAAUCUCCUUGACGUGAUUUCAGAAUACUGUCGCACGCGUUUGCAGUCAAAGCCCUUCACUCACAUCGUAAUGGAUAUGUACAGAGAGGUCGUAAGAUCGUCGCAGUACGCAGCACGCAGACGUCUUGCAAUGCAAUCACGCAUGAUAAGUAUGAAGCCACAGCGACAGCCACAGCCACCACCGCCUGCACCAUCUCACUACUCAAAACAUCAAGCCAAAGGGAAUCUCUUCAAGUCACAGUCUCGUAAUUCCCGGUCUCAUCCGAAUCUCCAGAGUCUCGCUGGUCAUGAGCCAACAUUAACAAGCCCGAAGCCACAAUUUCAAUCGCAAAUGAACAUUGAGUCGAUAAAUCCAAUGCACAGUGUCGAAGUCCAUCAUGGACGAACAAAUUCACAACCAGUUAGUUGUGAGCGUACGAUUGGCAUUGCACAGGCUAGAAGUAAUCACAAUAUACCGAUAAAUGGUGAUCAGAUUCAAUCCACCAACAAUGUGUACAGUGAUCCAAUUUAUGCAUUACCAGUCAAGCCGUUUCUCAGCUCUCAGGAUGUCCGGGUGAAUGGUAUGUCAGCUAAAUCUACAGUACAACGGACCGAUGUUUAUGCACAACCAGUGAGAGUUAGGAGUGUGCGUAAUGGUGGAUCAUCGCAACCUAACAUUGCUCAUCUUGGUAGGAUGAAUGGUGAUGAGGUUGUUUAUGGGAGUAGGAAUUGUCCACCACUUCAUCGGCAGUAUUCCAAUCCUCAGUUGCCGAGUAGAAAUACAAAUGAUAACACUGGGGGAUUGAGGGGUCACCCGUGUGGUCAAGGGGGUAAACUCCGGGUAUUUCCGAUCACCAGGAAUCCUGAUCAGGAUAGACACCUGAAUUUCGAGGCUAAGGGGAAUGGAUCAGUUCCGCCUAAGCCACCGAGGAUUAUUACUAGUGUUAAUCGACCUGCUGUACCUCUACCUGACACUCAUGGAGAACCGCCACCUAAACCUCCGAGGAAUGCAAUUCGCAAUGGGCCGAGGGCGAGACGGGGAAAACCCGUGCAGAGGGCUCCAUCCAGAUUGUAUCGAGCUAUCACUGGACCCACGAGAUGUCUCAAUAAAACACAGUGCGUGGGACCCGAAUUUGUCGUUCGUGCUAAUCAACCUGCGAAAUUACUCACUGUGGGAGAUGUCAAAAAUGGUACUGGUGGGAGAAUAGUUGUGAUAUUACUCACCGGCCAGCGAAUUGACGUGAUCUGUGACCCUCAAAAGAUAACAGCCGGCGAGCUCUUCCAGGCGAUCAUUCAGGCGGAAUCGCUCGAGGAGAAUUUCACUCUUGGCCUGGCGGCAUUAUUGGCUGGGGAUUUUGCCAUGCUACCACCGGAGACUAAACUACAUAAGGUUGCCCCGUCAGGCUGGUCAAAUACUGGCAAAAGUAAGGGUCCCCUCGGUCUCCCCACCAGCUUCAUGCUUUAUCUACGACUGAGAUUCUUUCUUCCUUCUUUAAGAGGAAUCAGUGACACCCUAGUCGCGACGAGCGCUAAAACUCACCCUCAUUCUAGAAGUUGGAUCUCCAAGCACUUGCUCUACCUCCAAAUAAGAAGAUGCAUACUGGAGCAGCAAUUAGUUUGCCCUUUGACCCAACUCAUUAACCUAACAGGGCUCGCCCUGCAAGCGGAGUUCGGUAAUUACAACGUAAACGAGCAUGGCCGAGGUGAUUACUUCCUCCUGGAGCACUAUAUCCCAGAGUCGCUGAUCCUCAGUCCAGAUCACCAGACAUCAGACCUUACGACAGAGGCCCUAAAAUCCCGGUUACACCAGGCACAUCGUGAUCGUCGAGGGCUAGACGCAAAUAGCGCAGAAGAGAUGUUCAUAACACAUGCCCAAGGGCUCCAGGAUUACGGCUCCCACUUCUACAUCGCUACGGUGGAUACCCGUGAGCUAGAGAAAAUCACCGACAGGAUAAAGAAAACCGAAGCGAACAAUCCUACCGAUUCGUCCUACCCCGAAACCGAUAUCUACCAAAUCGAGGGGACAGACUACUCCGUUUACGGUAAAAUCGAGUACCCGAGUCAUGCGACCUACGGCAAUAUCGAACCCCUGGUGACAAAGAAUCAUGAUGCUAUAUACGCCGUACCGAAGAGCACCAUGAACAUCGCCGAAAAGAACAACAACAACAUCAGCAACAGCAGCAGCAACAAGUCCCGAAAAAAAUCCGACACGAACGUGUGGCUUGCAAUUCACGGUCAAGGACUCAAGCUGUUCGAGAGAGCUGGAAGGCCACGAGAAAGAUGUGAACUCAUUCGUGUUCAGUGGAGGGACAUUCAGACUCUGAGCUACAGCAAAAAUUGUCUCGUUGUCUACACAAAGUUCGGUGGAAAGAGGGCAAAAUUCAAGCUACGAAUGGAUCACAAGAAGAGUUACUACGCAUUUAAACUCACGUCUUUGCAUCACCAGUUCUUCCUCAAACUCAAAUCUGAGCUGACUUCGCUCCAGGGACUUCACAAGGACUUCGGUGUGACGUUGAGUGUUGAGGGGAGUUCAGUUAAGCAAAAGAGUGGAAAAACUUCGAAAAUUGUUGAGGGAAAGGUGGAGCAGAGGGCGAUGCCCCUGGAAGAGCUGCAGAAUAAGGAGAAUGAGAAUCCUCAGAGGGAGAUUGUUACGGAAAAGUGUGAGGAUGAUGAGCCGGUUUGUUAUACGCCUGAGGAGGAUGCACUUUAUGCUCAGGUUAAUGCUAGGCUUGAGCCCGAGGGGGCAUCCAGGGAUACUGAGGAUGAGGGAGAGAGGCCUCAUCCUCCCAGGGUGAGGAUGGAGUCCGCUGAGGGAGAGGAGGCAUUUAACUACUCGAAUAUUGGGGGGGAGGAACAAUUGGAGGUUAAACAUCCUGAGGAACUUUACGCUGCGAUCAAUAAGUCUUUCAGCAAGAAGAAUGGAUAUCCCACGCCCGAGGAGGUCUGGGAUGUCAACGCAAAGAAUAUUACCAAGAAUCUUGCCAAGGUAAAAACGUCGAGUCUUCCAAACUACGGAACCCCACGUCAGAGCACUGGAUUUCGCACACCGAGUCUUCCACGUCGGCUGGGGGUAAAAAUGGGCACUCGGGCGAUAUAUAGUAGUCUAGUCCAACGAGAUCCCAGCCUUGCCGACGACCUAGAAUCACUAUCCCUCAAAUCAGAUACAGCAUCGUCGAUCCAAUCACCAUCUGUUCACUCCACUGAGUCUCCAAUGCCCGAAGCUUACGUGCUAAACGCAGAUAUCAGAACCAACGACGAGACAUUUCGAAUAGCCAACGACGAGAGUAUGUCUGCAUCGCUGGUGGCGAGGCUCGAGGAGUUGUCAUUUACUGAAGAGAGAAUUCUCCACACGAUAAAGCUUGAGAGAGGUCAUGGUGGAAGCAUAGGAUUGCAAGUUACCGAGGGUAACGACGGAGGAGUAUACGUCCAGGCAGUAUCCGUCGGUGGCUCCGCAGAUAUGGCUGGAAAUGUCAAUAAAGGCGAUAGAAUUGUGGCAAUAAACGGGCAGAGUCUACUCAACCUCCGUUACGAGGAUGCCCUGAAGAUGCUCCAGAGUUCAUCGGAAACGGUUGAGCUCGUGUUAUCUCAGUUCACAUCUAACCGGACUGAAUCACUGAGGCAACAUCACCAGGAGCCAAUUGUUAAUAAUUACCUGCAGAAUUUGAGAUUCGAUAUCGCGUCGGAGGCCGACGUGUCGGGUAUGACUAACAAGUGGCUGUCACAGAAGUCUGGAGAUGUUGCUUCUGUGCAGAAUACAUCCAGUGCUUACAGCAGUGCAGCAUCCAGUGCAAUGGGUAAUCACAAUAUCAACGUGUACCAGAUUGAAGAUGGCUUUGCACUCAAUUCAGCCAGCAUGUUACUGAGUAUCGAGGACUUUGACGUCAGUAGGACGAGUCGUCAAGUCUUUAUUUAAAGUGUCGACCCAGAAAACGCGCCUCCAGUGCCACCCCGACGAAAACGUCGUCGCCCAUUACCCUUGGUGCCCACCGCCCCCACCGCCUCC